AUGUUUUCUAAUAUAUAUGGACGUGGACCUUCAAACACAAUCCUAACGCGACCUAUCAAUAUUAAUGAACCAAAUGAUGAUGAUUCUUUGGAAAUUUAUUUACACAGAAAGAUAGAAACGCCAAAAGGGAGAAAAGUUGAAUGUAAAUUAUGUAAUAAUAUCUUCAAUAUUUUGACUUCGUUUAAUCAUCAUGCUAAAAAAGAGCAUGGUUAUAAAUACUUGUGCAGAUUUUGCAGCAAAGUUUGUAGUAAUGUAUACCAACAAACUUCUCAUACAAAAGGAGCUCAUAAACAAUUUCCUUGUGACAUUUGUCAAAAUGUUUGUUGGGGUUAUAAUGGAUUAAAAGAACACUUCAAAUGUGUACAUCCUGGAAUGGUACCUCCUCCUGCUUCUAAAUUUAAUUCCGUUGACCAUUUAAAUAAUCAACCUAUGGUCGUUUCAAAUGUUCCGUCAGUAAACAAUAAUCGCAGAAGGAUUGAUUAUCCUCCAGUGUUUCUUCACGAAUCCCAAUUCGUCGAUAACACCACAAUGAAAUGUAAAUUAUGCAACGAAAUCUUUUCUUCUAACAAGGAGUUUAACAAACAUGCAAAAGCAAAGCACGAUGCAAAUUUUAUAUGUUUUAAAUGUUCUGAAGUAUUUCAGAAAAAAAGGUUACUUGGAAAUCAUAUUAAUAUAUUUCAUAAGAGUUUCUGUCAAUUCUGCGGUAAAGCCUUUAUAAAAGAAAGUUUGGAUAGACACGUUCGAGAAGUUCAUCCAAGUUCUCAAGAAUUUGAACAUGAAGUUGACAACGCAGUUUUCGUGCAUGAAACGACUCAAGAAGAAUCUGAACGACAAUCUUGA